AUGAUGCGACUCGUGCGUCUCUUGCCAAUCGUGAGUGGCUUCGCUUGGACAGUCCUCUGCCCUACUGCUGCUGCUGCUACUGCUGAAGGCGUGCACAAUCUCCAGCGUCUGCGGGACUUUCGCGGCCACGAAUACUUUGUCCAGUUUGACGUCCACGAGUCCAACCGCAGCGACUCGGACGUGUCGGUCGAAUUCCCCGUCGAGGAAAAGUUCUUUGCAGACGCCAUUGUGGACCAUUUUGCCCCCGUGUCCAAGCGCUUGACGUGGAAACAGCGGUACCAAGUGAACGAGGAGUUCUGGGGAGGUCAGGGCUUCCCCGUGUUCCUCUAUAUUGGAGGAGAGGGACCGUUGGGGCCCAAGGCAAUCACCAAUCGCACGUUUGUCUACUACAUGGCAGAACAACACCGGGCGCUGCUGCUUGCCCUGGAGCAUCGAUUCUAUGGCAAGUCGUACCCGACUGAGGACAUGAGUCUACCUAAUCUAGAGUACCUCUCUAGUGAACAGGCGCUGGCAGAUUUGGCACAUUUCCAUUCAUUCGUGAGCGAUACAUAUGGACUCGUGAAUGAAAAAUGGGUGGCGUUCGGAGGGAGCUACCCAGGCAGUCUAUCAGCGUGGGUCAAGUUGAAGUACCCCGUGCUAUUUGCUGGAUCCAUUGCCAGUUCUGCGCCGUUGUAUGCCAAAACCGACUUUUUCGAGUACAUGGAAGUUGUCGGCGAUGGGUUGCGGUACUUUGGCGGUGGUGAAUGCUAUCAUAAAGUAGAGCAGGCGAUCACACAGCUUGGACAGCUUAUCGAUGGCGAUGACAAAGAGCGCAAAAAGGUGGACGAGCUAUUUAAACCGUGCGACCCAAUGACGAACGAGUUCGACGACUCGGUGUUUGAGACCUCGAUCAUGGGUGCGUUCCAGGAUAUUGCACAGUACAAUGGCAUCCACGACGGAGUCAUGACGCUCGAUGAGGUCUGCAAGCAUUUUGCCGAGCCAGGAGAUGCUGUCGAAAAGUUGGCUGCGUUCAUUAACAAAGUACGUGUGGGCGAUUGCCUCGACUCUAAGUUUGAAGGGGCAGCGAACGGGACUGUGGAGGUACUGAGUCGUGACCAAUUUGACGGUAAGAGCAGUGCUCGGCAGUGGGUGUACCAGACAUGCAAUGAAUUUGGCUUCUUCCAGACCGCAAAGAGUCUACGCUCUCCUUUUCACGCGCUCCGAGCCGUCACGGAAGCAAACGUCGGUACUGAAAUUUGCAAGCGCGUGUACAAUAUGGACGUCGCACCGGAUGUCGCAGGCACGAACCUCGACUACGGCUCGCUUGCGAUUGAAGUACAGGGCGUCACUUUUCCGAGUGGCACCAUCGACCCGUGGCAUGCACUAGCCGUGCAGAACUCGACACACUUGCACCCGUCCUCGUCCGAGGCUGUAUUCAUUGAAGGCACUGCUCACUGUGCUGACAUGUAUUACCCGAGUGAAAAGGACUUACCUUCACUGCAGUGGGCGCACGCCAAACUUGCGGCCCGCGUGGAACAUUAUCUCCAACGUUCGGACGAUGGCAAUAGACGUCAAGAAGUGUCCGACAUUGCAGCUAUCGAGUAA